AUGAAUCUUCCGGGUCCCGCACCUUCCAACCUGGAACACGCGUAUAUGCUUGCGAAUAAAUGGAUGAAUGCGAGUAAGCUGGCUGAACUCGUAAAAACGGAAGGUUUGCGAUACAACCGUCUUACCGGACUUGUCUACAAGAAGGGCAAGUUCUCGGCAAUCGAAGAGCAGCAGCUGAAAACAGCCAUCGAAACGUUUAAGGCGGGUCGGGGACUUACCGACGAUCAGAUACUGGAAAUCAUCUUCCAACGAAACGAGAAGGGCAAGGACAAUACAUUUUGGUCGGAGAUCACGACUGCCGUGCCCCAGCGUCCCAUUAUAGCUGUCUACCAUCACGUUCGGAGAGCGUUCCAUCCCAAGAAGCAACAGGGCAAAUGGACUCCGGAAGAGGACAGCAUAUUGAAACAAGCCGUCGUAGACCUAGGCCAACAAUGGGAAAAGGUCAGCGAGCGCGUUGGUCGUAUGUCCUCCGAUUGCCGGGAUCGCUACCGGAACCAUAUUGCGAAUCGUGAGCUACGUGUGACCGGGCCAUGGAGUAAAGAAGAGGAGGAAGAGUUGACACGAAUAGUGACGGAAAUGACUAUUCAACAGGGUAAGGACCUCGACAAUGACGUGUUCUGGGGGAUAGUCAGCGAUCGGAUGGGCAACCGACGUGGAAGGCAGCAGUGUCGGAUAAAAUGGACGGAUUCACUCAGUAAAACCGUCAAGAAUGAGGGUCAGAAACCGCGGUGGAGCCCCCAGGAUGCAUAUAUCCUGGUCCACAAGGUGGAUUCACUCAGAGUCAGGGAUGACACGGAGAUAGACUGGAAAACGCUUCCUGACCAGGAUUGGAAUUUGUGGAGCGCGCAUUCCCUACAACGACGGUGGCUCACGAUGAAGCGGAGUAUCAAGGGGUACGAGGACAUGACACACCAAGAAAUCAUGGAUAUUCUUCGCGUCAAAAAGGCACAUUUACCACCCGCCGCAGCUUCGAUACGUCGCCGGAAGGUGACGAGUGCCGCCAGUGUGGACGACCAUGAGUCAGUGGUUGAUCCCGAUUUCGAUAAGGACACUAGUACUAUUCCAGAGGCGGGCCCGAGUGAGGUUGUUUCUGGUAUCUAGAACGGCUGGGGUGCGGAUUGAUACACUUCCAAAAGUUGUUCACUGCGUGUGCAUCCCAUACACUGGAGGGGGGUAUGAACAGAGGGACGCACAGUGUAAGCCUUACACCGUCUUCUCCACAUCGUCCUGCGUACCCCGAACGUAGACAUUAUAAUGUGUAUAAUGCAACGGACAUGCUUCAACGCAUGCCUUGCUGUCGCAUAUAUGUAGAUGGUUUAGAAAUCUGCACGCAUGCUUUUGUAGUCGCGUAGGAUGAUGCCGGAUACAAGUCAGAAAUGAUCAGACUCCUCCAA